CCUGCAGUUCCUCCUCCUGGCCAACAGCUGGCAGUAAAGACACUUUCACGUUAGAUUCUGGCGCUGUGAAUCCUUCCAGACAAAGAAUGUAGGCUAAUAGCGGAGUUAAACAAAUGUUUUUAAGGCUAACGCUACAUCAGAGGUUAUUAUUAUAACCUACAUCCCACAUUUGAUCAAACUCUAUUAUUUUGCGUCAUAAAAAGAUUAUUAGUCGCCUCGGGUUGAGACGGCCGACACUCGCGAAAGAAAUGAGGACCAUGUGAAACCUGCGGAAUGUCUUAAAAAGGUUUCUAUCAUGUCCGACCCGGUUCCGACCACCUCUGACAGUCUGUCUAAACUGGUCCGCUGGGCUCACAGCCACGGCACCAUCUGCAACCUCAUCCCAAGCCUGCAGCGCCUCACCUAUGCUUCCCACGGCAACGUGCUGACCCCUGAACCUGUUCCCCGUGGCAGCGGCGACCCUGUCGCCGUGUGGAGUUGUGUUGCCGGACACGCCUACCACUGGCCCCUCAGUGACCAUAGCAACGCCAGCGGAAGCUCAGCGAAUACCAGCCAGGUCCAGGAGAGGGUUGUUGGACGGCGUCCGUCCGAUAAGGGGACGCCGAAGCCACCAUGUGAACUCUUCUAUGGCCAAGCAGCGUCGGAGGGGGAGGAGUUCAGCAGCCAGCUGUUUGACAUCGUUGGAUGCGAUUCGUCGGCCACAGACGACGAUGGCGACUGGGAGCCCCCCCGAUCCAAGAAGAGAGGCGGGGCACCAGGAGGAGCAGUAACCGGGAAGAAGGUCAAGCAGGAAGCAACUCCUGCGGAGGAUUAUGCCACUGCUGCUAACGUAGCUAGCAUGGGGGUAGCAGUGGAUCUGGGGUGUGAGGGCGUAGUGGACCCAGACACGAAGCUGCUAGGAGCAGGCAGCUGCACGACAGGCUCCAGCUCCGCCACAGAGACUACAGAGAGGACUGCAGGCGAGCAGCCCGAGCUGGAGAAGCUGCGAGCGUUACUUUAUGCAGAACGCAACCGUAACCAGCAGAUGACGGAGAUCAUCUCCGGUCUGAAGCAGGACAAAGAGCUGCUGCAGCAGGAACUCACUAAAAAAGCCGAACUCAUCUGUGACUUCAUGCGGCCAGAGAAGACGUGGCCUGGGUGCUCUAACCCGAUGGAAGCGGGAGGUUCACACAUGCACUCUUCUGACGAGGCGGCCGGGUUCGACUCGUCGACCAUGUUUGACUCAUUUGAGGAAAAAGAGCUUAGCUUGCGGGACCGCCGCCGGACCCUGAAGAGCAAGAGGAGCCGGGACGGAGAAAACCCCCGAGUCAGGAUGAAAAACGUAAAGGGUGUGAUAGCACGCUACACGGCAGCCCUCCAGGAAUAUCGCCGCAAUGUUUCCAUGAAGGUGGCCUUUGACCGGGUCGGUGUGGACCGCAACACCAUCUCCCGUACGGCGUCCAUAGCUGAGCUCAGUCUGGCCGCUCCGGAGGUGUUUCAGUCGCUGGCGCCGUGGGAUGAGAAAGAGGAGACGCUGGCACAUUACGCCCACCGCUGCCGACAGGCCAUGGACGACAACAUUAAGGCCAAAGUCAAAACGAUGAAGGCCAAAGGCGAACUGCUGCCCAUUGUGUCAAAGAUACAAAUAGUUACACACUGACUCAGAGGCCUACAAUACACACAUCAUGUACUCGAGGGGUUAAAGAGGGCCGGAACGGUGUUCGGGCAUCUUCGUUUGAUAAGUAAAUUAAUCUAAUUGGCAGUUUCACUAGACAGAGAAUGUUCAGUUGAAACAGAUUGGGGGAUGCUGUUUUGCCCUCAUUUUAGCAGGAAAUUUGGCUUCAUGUGCUCCGAUUCAUUUGGCAUCCAGUUAACACACAAGUCAUUAUUUUUGUUUAAAUGAGAACUCAACUCCUGGCAUUUGCUCGGAACAAGGAAAUAAAUAGAGCAGCAGGUGAACCAGCUUUAAAAGUGGGUUUUCUUUAAAGGGCAACUAUUAUAUAGCAUUUUCAGGAUUCUACUUGCAUUUUGUGUUUCUACUAGAACGUGUACAUGCUUUAAUGUAAAAAAAAAAGCCUAUAUGCCCAUGGUUGCUGCACCUGUAUUCACCCUCCGUAUGGGACGCUCUGUAGGAGUGCCUGUCUCUUUAAUCCCUCCUUCAGGCUUCUGAACCAACACUACCCAGUUGGACAUGUUCCAGCAGUAACGUGACCCGGAAUUGGGGAGAAUUUAACAUUGGCAGCCCAGAUGACAUUGUUUAUUGCCGUUAGCCGUGUAGCUACUAGCAGUGGACACAAUGGAAUAUCAGCACUUUCUACAGUCAAAAAUCACAAAUAAAGGCAUUUCAACCAAA